UUGUGAGCGCCUGUGUCACGAAGUUGAUGGUCCUUAGCUCGUCCUUGGGAUGGUCCAGGUCAGACGUAUAGCCUUGAGGCGGCGAUGCAGCUGCUGUUGCCGUCAUGACAAGCACUGGAGGCUCUGAUUAAUCACGCAACUCUAAACAAUGAAGCCUGAUGGAUACUCACCCUGGGUUUUGCACUACGAUUCUGCAGUCUGCACUUGUACAGCAAGCAGCCUACCACGCAUCAAAACCCAUUGCCCCUAUAUACCGGAACACGCGGAAACGACCCCCGUUCGGAUGCAACAGAAGAUCUCUACCAUCCAAAGUACUGGAUCAGACUCAGGAGAAGCACCUACAUGAGCCGUCUUCCCACAGCUGCACGGUGCGCAGCACGUUCGGUCUACCCACAUAUGCAGAAGACCUAGUAAUGUGUUUCGUAACGCGAAGAAGCAAUGCACAUGUAGGAUCACGAACGGCCGAGUAUCCACCAAUCAUCUUCCAACGUAGACAGUUCCGCUUUGCUAUGCAAUGCGCGGCAACUGUGAGGCCAAGUUCGACUUGCUUUUCUCGUGUUCGGGAUGAAGCGUCCGAAUGUUGGCCAAAGCGGACAUCGAUGAUUGCGAGCGGCACGACCCCUGCACGAAGGAUUCGCUUGCGGACGGGUUAACCAUCUCCCGCAUUCACACUUCCCGUUUUUAGUCAGACCAUGUCAGAAAACGGUUAUCGCGGAUCGGAUCCGAAACGACUUCUGUGGCUCCCAUGAUUCAGUCAAGGGCCAACGGAAUGCCAUCAUCGCUAAUGUCGACUCAGCUGGUGACUGAUCUGCCCACGACAAUGCACAUCACUGCCAGAAAGCCAUGAGCUCCAGGAGACAAACUCCAUCUCGAGCAAAGCGACUUGGUGAUAAGAGGACCCGUAAACGUAUUCCGCUAUACAAUUUU